AGUCUCUUAUCUAUCAACAACCGUUACGAUAUUAUAAGAAGAGACAAUUUAGACAAUUGAAUGAAUAGUCCUCAAACUUAAACCUCAUCAAUACAAUGCCUGGCAAGAUCCGUACAGCUCAAUCCGUGUCCUUUGACAAACCCGCCUCUGAACAACCCCAUCUCCACAAUAGAUGGCAUCCAGAUGUCCCGAGUAUUGCAACCGUUGAACCUGGUGAGACAGUCAAGAUAGAGUGUCUCGACUGGACAGGCGGUCAAAUCGGCAACAAUGACAGCGCAGACGAUGUUCGCGAUGUUGAUCUAACUAAAAUCCACUAUCUAACCGGCCCAUUCGACAUCAAAGGCAGUCAGCCCGGCGACCUACUCGUCGUCAACAUAACCGACGUCCAACCCUUUGAGCAUUCACCCUGGGGUUUCACAGGAAUCUUCGCCAAGGACAACGGCGGGGGCUUCCUAGAUGAACACUACCCCACCGCCGCAAAAGCAAUCUGGGACUUUGACGGUGUAUACUGUUCAAGCCGUCAUAUUCCCGGAGUGCGAUUCCCCGGCUUAAUCCACCCCGGAAUUCUAGGCUGUGCCCCGUCUGCCGAGAUUCUCGCAGAGUGGAACCGUCGAGAGGCAGAGCUCGUUUCUUCAAUGGCUGAUUCUACCAAGAUUGUAGCUCAACCACCGAAUGAGAUCAAUGCACAUGGUGGAAAAGCCACAGGCGAUGUUUUGGCAAAGAUUGCGAGAGAGGGAGCGAGGACUAUACCUGGACGACCAGAACAUGGAGGAAAUUGUGACAUAAACAAUAUUUCUCGCGGAUCUACGACGUAUCUUCCCGUUCAUGUUGAGGGGGCCAAGUUUUCUGUUGGAGAUCUCCAUUUUAGUCAGGGUGAUGGUGAAAUCAGCUUCUGCGGCGCCAUUGAAAUGGCUGGCAUCAUCACGAUCAAGUUUGAUCUCAUCAAAGGCGGCAUGAAAUCGCGUGGCCUCAAGAGUCCAGUGUACAGACCAGGCGACAUGGGCCCUACCUUUAGUCCCUCACGCUACCUGAUCUUUGAAGGCUUCUCCGUCGACGAGAAUGGAAAGCAGCAUUUCAUGGAUGCAACCGUUGCUUAUAGACAAUCAUGUCUCCGCGCAAUCGAAUACCUCAAACAAUUCGGCUACUCUGGAGAACAAAUCUACCUCUUACUUUCCUGCGCACCCAUCCGCGGCGCCAUCGCAGGAAUAGUCGACAUUCCCAACGCCUGCACAACUCUCGGCAUACCGAUGGACAUUUUCGAUUUUGACAUUUCUAUUGAAAGCGAGCCUGUUGCUCGAGAUCUGGGUGCUUGUCCUGUAUCUAAAUAGGAAGUCCAACGUCUCGUUUAAACUCCUGUAGCCACUCUGCGUUGUCAACGGGGGUUUGGUUCCAAGGAUCGUCACUAUUCUGUUAGUUAAUGAACUUUACAUAUUGGGAAGCGUACUCAUCGUAUAGAAUCCACCGUGCCUGAUACUUUAGUUCGUCGUCGCUUGGGAUAUGGCGGUUGGGAUUGUUGGGAGACAUUGUCGUCAUGACGAAUCGUGAGAGUUCCCGCUUCAAUCGACGAUAGCUGUUGUUGUCGUUGAUAAAGAAUGGCGUUGCUGUUCGUACUUUAUCUCGUAUCAAUGCUCUUGACUCUGGCGUGCUGUGCAUCGAAAUCGCUGGUAUUUCCGGUACUCCUUCUGGAGACAGAGAUCGAUUCUCAACCCAAGGCUGCAGCAUGUCCAGCUCCAUUGAAGCAUCCAACGGCACAGCGGUAUCUGUUUGACCCCAUAGAAAGUAAGAAUCAUUUACAGACUCAUUCGCCAACGCCACAAGAGUCUCAGCCCUCUGUCGGAACGGCUCCAGCCAGACCGUCGAACUCCAAACAAGCCUCAUUAGAAAGUCCAGAAACCUCCUUGACGGAUGCGAUGAUGACGUCUCUGUCCGAUUCAAAACAUUACACGCCUCCUGCUGCAGUUCAGAAUCUGUUGGGAAAUGUCCCAUGGACGUAUGAGCAGUCAUGUACUGCUGCAGCGCCGCCUCCAGCUCGCAAUUCUCAAAUAUAUUUCCCUUUCCGUUGAUCUUCAACUGACUCAAUCGUCCUUCUGCUAAUUGUUUUGUUGGCCGGAGUUUAGCUUGGUUGGCGAUCUCAGCAGCUGACAUGAAGAUGUCCCACAGCCAUGACGGGGAUAACGACGCUUGGUUGGGGGAGGAUAUUUCUGCGCCGAGGAUCACAGAACAUGCUUCAAAGUGAAGCUCAGGAUCUGGUGGCAUUAUAUACUGAUGACGAUUCCGCAUGUAGUACUCUAGUUCGAGUUUGAUGAGUUCGUAUGCACUUGUGGGUGUAUCUGCUGGACCUCUUGUAGCUGCGAAUGGAAGAGGAGAGUUUCGUUCGUAGUGGAUGAGAUCUAGGCAGCGUCAGCAACAAAUCUCAACCCGAUUGUUUGACGUACAAGGAGGCAUGGCAUUGUCAAUCCUCUCAAUGACCUUCCCCUCAAACCCCCAGUCACCCUUCCAAUGCUCCAUUGUACUCCCAGCUUUGAAAUGGUCCGCCAGAUGAUCAACCCUACUAGCCCAGGUCGUAAGAUUGAUGCCACAGAAUCCACAUCUCGAUUUGACCUCGUGCGUCAUGACUUUCCAAUCAUCCAUCGGCCAUUUGAGAAACUUGGACAUGUGGACUAACCGCAAAUGCUGCUGUAGAUGAUCCUUUCGAUGAUAUGUCCGCUCUUCAAUCGGUCGCUCGAUGCAUGCACUCUGAUUGUGUCCGUCAAGAUGCGUCUCGUCGGGGUUCUUGACGCCACAAAAGACACAGAGAAGCCCCUCUUCUGGAUGUAUCGCUGUCGGCCCAUUUGGUGAACAGACCCAAUUCUCAAGCGAUAAAUGAAGAGACUUUUCAUGACGCUGCCAGUCGUAUUUCGUCUUGAACGUUUCUGUACAAAAAGUACACUGAUAUGUAUUCUGCGCUUGCAGGAGAUUCGUUCUGACUUCUUUUCUCAUCUUUGUUCGUCUUCUUCGACUGUGCCGUUUGAAAAUGUCAAACGACGUCGAUGAUUGUUUCGAAUGAGCAGAACUGUACGACCCAGAGUCAUGGCUUGACACUGAAGUUCCUCUACUGCUGAUUGACGACCCAUGACUUCGUGAUCUCCCCUGUCGCGUUGAGAAAGCAGCAACAGCUCGUGAGAUGUCAUCAACAGUCGCAGCCUCAUGUUCCGGCGGUGAAUUCGCCCAUCGCUGCAGCGGAUUCAUAUGUUCGAAUGGUGCAGGCGUCGCCCGUCGACGUGGUGUAUCAAUCGGCGUGUGAUGCCCUGAAGAAUUCCCCGAAUCAUCAUUCCGAAACAUUGGCGAUGUCGGCCGUGAUAAAUGAACCUUUGCUCUCCGCCUCGCAUUCGCAAACCAAUUCGUAACCUGCUGUCGAUUCAGACUCGUCUGCUCUUGGAGAUCCUGGACAUCUUGAAUAGUAGGAUACGGAUGCCUUUCAUGCGCGGCGAACCAAUUCCUCAAAAUCUUGACAGACUCGGACGAAAAGCGAUUACCGAUUUUUGGAGGAGCCGUCGAUGUGUGCAGAAUGCCAGGGGAGAUAGUUUCAGCCUCUGCAGCAUUUUGAAAGUCUGCAAAGUCGAUAAAAAGAUCACCGGUUGGAUCGGCUUGCUGUGCCAUGUUGGUGUUGAUGGAAUUUGGAGGUCAUGGGGUUACGA